AUGUCCAGGAACCAAGAAAAUGCCAGCUGCGAUCACAUUGACAUAUUUGCUAUGAUAAUCGGCGGAGGGCCAGUGGGAAUCACCACAGCAUUGGCAUUGGCUCGUUAUGGAUAUAGCAGUAUCAUCUUGGAACAACACUCGGAAAGAUUAGACCAGCCAAAAGCGCAUUAUCUCAAUUCUCGAACACUAGAAAUCCUUCAUCAGCUCAAAGUUGAUACGUUGCCACUCAGAAAGCACGGGCUUCAGGCCGAAGAAGCUGAUUCUGUGAGGUUUUCGUCUUCUAUGCGCGGCGUCCAAUUUGGCACGAUAGAUGUCAAACAGGAUGAGGCUCAAAUUAUGUCUCCUGAAGUGGCAUUUCACGUUGCGCAGCCUUAUCUGGAGGACCUUUUGCUGCAUGAAGCGCUAGCCACUGGAAGAGUUGAAAUCAGACGCCAACAUCAAUGGAUGGACUGCACCAAGGCGUCAGAUGGUUUAAUCAUCUCACAGGUUUUGUCUCGGAUCACAAACACUACAACUACACUGAGGAGUAAAUACUUGUUAGGGUGCGAUGGAGCUAAUGGCAAAUCCCGAGAGCAGCUCGGAAUCAGCUUUCGACCUGCAAUGGCGGACAAGGAGCAAGUUUUGCAUUAUGCCUCAGUUCAUUUCAGCGCCGACUUGUCACAUCUGAGCACAGGGGUUCUGUGGUUCAUUCUCAGCCAUGAUAGGAUGGGAGUAUUAAUCGCGUACAACCGGAAGACUAGUUGGGUUUACUUUACAUCUUUUGAUCCAGAGAAAACAUCGAAAGACAGCUUGACCUCAAGUUACUUCAGGGCUCUGGUUGGUGAGGCUAUUGGAGAAGUGCCAUUAGACUACAAGGAAAUUGGAAUCACAGUUUGGUCGACAUCCCCAAGAAUUGCUGACACAUAUCAUUCAACCAAGGUACCAAAUGGAAUUCUAGCUGGAGACGCUGCUCAUAGCUUUCCGCCCACAGGAGGCCUUGGCGUCAAUACUGGCAUUGCAGAUGUCCAGAAUAUUGCCUGGAAAAUCUUUGCAAUCGAACACGGUUGGACUGAGCAGUCUUUCCUAGCGACAAUCUCGGGUGAGAGACGUCCAGUAGCCUUAGAAAACGCCACACAAAGCAAGAUCAAUGAGGGAAAGAUCUUUCGCCUCGCUGCGGCAAUCCUGAAGCCUGGAAUCUUGGCAGAGGAGCUCAUGGCGGACCCCAACUGUCGCCAACAGAUUAAAGACGCCAUUGAUGAUAAUUGGGAGCACUUUCACUCACCUGAUCUUGAACUGGGCUACGUGUACGGUGGAAGUCGGACGCGUGGUCCAGCGGAUUACAAGAAGGAGUUCAUCCCUGGGGUACGGCUCCCUCACAUUUGGGUCUGUUGCCGAGGACAAAAAGUGUCAACUUUAGACCUGAUUAGUGGGAGGGAGUUCGUUCUUCUCACUCCUGAGGACUUUACAGAAAGGACGACCAUUGAAGUACGAGGUGUUCCCGUGAUAGUCCAGCAACUCAAUCGUGAUUUUGAGGACGCCGAUGCAUGCUGGGCAGCAAUUUCAGCACAAAUUAGUAGCGCAGCAAUUCUUGUCAGACCGGAUCAUCAUAUCAUUGGCAUUGUAGCGACAGUGGAAGAAGCCAAAUCGGCCUUAGGGGAGUACUUGCAAGCUAAUGGUGACAAAAAACGGGCGACAUGA